AUGGCGCUUACGGAAGAGUCACUAUUGCUCGACAAUGGCAGAGCAGGUUUCAGGACAACAUCAAGCUAUUUUUCAGCUGCAGAUAGGGUCCUAGUAGCGGGUGUAUUGAUUUCUGCAGCAUUGAGCUUCACUCAAGUACCGAUUCUUUAUGCAAUCCGAAUUAUGGAAUGUGAAGAGUUUUUCAAGCAACAUCAGCCCUUUAUGGGCCAAGACGAUAACCGUUGCAGCCGCAAGGAGAUUGAUGCGUCAACAGCUGCGCAAGUUUCACUGCUUGGAUUGACGACGAUAUUCUUUGGCGUCUUAAAUCUUUUCGUCGCAGGUUGGCAGGUCAAGAAAUGGGGUCCACGCACGGCGCUGAUUCUGCAAACUUCAUUCCCGGUCCUGCGCACUGGAAUCCAGGUCAUUGCCGUUACCAUUGGGGCUCGGCAGGGCGUCAUGACGAUACAGUCCAGCCAGAUAGUCGGCCUCUUGGCGGGGUCGGCUGGACACUUACUUUGCUUGAACACAGCGGCUGGCGAGGUGGUUCGUCCAGCUGAAAGGACCGGAAUGUUUGGAAAGCUUCAAGGUGCUGUCAUGCUUGGCACGGCAGCAGGAUAUCUGCUUGGUGGGAUUACUGGAGAUGCCUUUGGCAUCCGGCGGCCUUUUGAAGUUUCGACUAUACUUUUUGUCGUGUCCGUCGCAUACUCUGCUCUGUUUAUACCUUUCAUCGAUCCAAAGUCACUUUCAGGCGGCAAGUCACAGAGCACAGGAGGGCUGAAGUCAGUGCUUGCGCCAUUCAGAGUACUGAUGCCCCAGCGGAUCCGACUCGAGAAUGGUAAAUUAGUGCAACAUUUUGGAAUCACAUUCCUGGCGCUUGGUGUAUUCCUCGGAGUUCUCGCAACGGGAUAUGCACCGCUGCUCAUCCAGAUGUAUGCUACAGCAGCAUUCGGGUUCCGAUCCACCGACAACGGCUAUCUCAUGGCAUCCAAUGCUUUGAUUCGUGGCCUGUUUCUCAUUUUUCUGUUUCCAAAAAUUAUUUCCAUGGGCAGAAGAUGGUAUUCAAAAUCCAUGUCGAGCUCGAAUUUGCCACCUGACGGGCCGGUCAUACCCACUGCUCCAGAAGAAUUCGAUCCAAUACCAGGCAUCAUGCCCGCCCAAGAACCAGCAACACCGAUGCAAUCAGCGGAGGACAAAUCAGGCAAGGCUUUCGACUUGUUCUUCUUGAGAUGGAGCCUGGUGGCAGAUGGGCUGAUCACUGCUUACACUGCUUUUGCUUCGAGCAGUUGGCAAAUCUACAUGGGCAACCGGGCUAUUGCUCCCGCUAGCCUCCGGGUCGGCUCCAGCCAGCAAAGGCGUGAUCACCGAAAUGUGCUCGCCGUCGGAACGCGCCGAUGCACUGCAAGCCAUGACGCUUGUGGAAAAUGUAGCAAUGCUUUCCACGCUUGGGGGGAAGCCUAUUUGACCUUUUAUUGCAACGCCGCUGUUGCGUUGGUUGCUGUUCUAGUUUUGUUCCUGUCAAACUUCCCUCCAGAACGAAGUCAAAUGGUCAAAGACGUGAGUGACAAUGCCGUCGGCGAUGUGAAUGAAGAAACCCAGGGCCUCCUGUCAUCGUAG